GCCAUGGCUAUGUUUUUCGGAGGUAAUUUCAGUCAAACAUUUCGAAAGAAGAAGCUCCCUCCAGGAAAUCUAGGGUUACCAUUGAUCGGUGAGUCCAUCGGUUUCCUGAAAGCCCACAAGGGCGACAAGGCGGCUGCUUGGAUCGAGCAAAGGAUUGCGAAGUUUGGGCCCGUCUUCAAGACAUCUCUAAUGGGCUCAAAAACGAUCGUCUUGAUUGGCCCCUCUGCAAACCGUUUCAUGUUCAAUGAUGCAGCAAUAGGGAGCCAUCAACCGGUAGGGGUAACCCAAAUACUGGGACCUAACAAUAUCUUUGAGCUCAAUGGAGAGAGACAUAAGAUUGUCAAGUCUUCUUUUAUGGGCCUACUGAAGCCCGAUGGGCUCCGAACCCAUGUCCCGACGAUGAGUAGCAUCAUUUGCAGCCAGAUUGAACGCGAGUUCGAAGGCAAGGACUCGGUGCAUGCCGUGCCAAUAAUGAAACGACUCGCCCUUCGCCUAACGUGUGCGUUGCUCUUUGGGAUUGCUGAUGAGGAGUGGGAUGAGGAUGCAAUGGUUCAAGAAUUUACGGACGCCAUUAGAGCAGCAUGGACGGUCCCGAUCGAUUUUCCUGGGACGACAUUUAGGCGCGGGCUAAAAGCGAGGGCUAAGAUUGGAGAGUUCUUCUCAGGCUUGUUGCAGAGGAGGAGGGAGAAGAUGGAGGGUGGGGAGGUGGGAGAAGACGUGGUUUGCUCUAUGUUAGGAGUUAGAGAUGGAGAGGGGAAGGGUUUGAGUGAGAGUGAGAUUAUAGAUAAUCUUGUAACGCUCAUGUUUGCUAGUCAUGAUACUACUGCUGUUGUCUUGAUUUUGACGCUCAGGCAAAUGGCAAGGGAUGAAAAAGUACAUGACAAAAUCCUUCAAGAGCAAAAGAAGAUUGGUAGGGAAAUGGACGGGUCAGAUGGGAGGCUCACUUGGAAUGAGUUGCAAAAGAUGAAGUAUACAUGGACGGUCGUCCAGGAGUUGAUGAGGAUGACACCACCCGUUUUUGGCAACUUCAAAAAGGCACUUAAGGACACCACUUUUGGUGGCUUUGAUAUCCCUAAAGGAUGGCAGGUAUUUUGGGUGUCAAGUGGCACACACUUGAACGAGAAGAUCUUCCAGGAACCCCAAAAGUUCGAGCCCUCAAGAUUUGAGGCCUCUUCAAAAUCAUUCCCCUCGUAUACAUACAUCCCCUUUGGAGCUGGACCUCGUUCUUGCCCAGGCAAUGAGUUUGCUAGAGUUGAGAUUCUCUCAACCAUCCAUCACUUGGUCACCAAAUAUCGAUGGUCAGAAAUGGUCCCUAAUGAGCCCUUGACCCACCAACCCCUCCCUUAUCCAGCCUUCGGUCUCCCCAUCAAGAUUGAGACCAUAAAAAAUUCCCUACAAUAAAAAUUUCUACAAUAAAUGGAAAGUUUGGUUCCUUUGUUUUCUUCUUUACG